AUGGGUAGUCAAGCUCACUCAAAAUUUGUCAUAGAGACAGAUAAUUUAUUUGAUGAAUGCGAAAGUUUCUCAAAAUUGCAUGCAGAAGAUUUAACAGAAUCUUUGGUAGAGGCAAAAUUAGAAUCUUUAGAGGAAGACUGGAAGACGAUUCGAACAUCCUAUGAGGCGAUAUAUAGUGCGGCAGAUUCCUUAAUAUCGCCCGAAUUUAAAGAGUUAUCACGAACUAGGUUUCGAGAAUGUAGAGAGAAAUAUCAGUUGACAAAAGCGAGUAUGAAUGACCUCUUAAAAGCUGCAAAGAGCCCACCUACAGUACAAACUGACCCAUAUCAUUCUUCUACAUUAGGUGGCUCAUCAUUUUAUCCAAUGAAUACUACAUUCGACUUAUCAGAAGUAGGGUUACGUGUUCCUGCUUGUGAUAUUAAGGUCUUUAAUGGUAGUUAUGAAGAGUGGCCAGCAUUUAGGGAUAUGUUUUCGGUUCUCUAUCAUACAAAUCCAAGAGUAUCGCAGGUUGAAAAGUUUUUCCACUUGCUAAACAAAACUUCGGGAGAUGCAUUGGCAAUUGUUCGAAAAUUCAGUUUGUCGGAACAGAACUACAUGCCAGCUUGGAACGCUUUAAAGUCGAGAUAUGAGAACAAAAAAUUUUUAGUAGAAAUUCAGAUGAAAACUCUAUUUAAUUUAGAGCCAGCCAAAUCAGAGAAUAGUGUCGAUAUUAACAGGAUAAGAACAACUAUAUGUGAUUGUUUAUCAAUGUUAAUAGGACAUGGUAUACGAGUGGACCAAUGGGAUCCAAUUUUGGUAUAUUUGUGCAGUACAAAAUUAUCUAUUCAAACCAUUACUGCUUGGGAAGAGUCUUUAGAAUCCGAUUCUGAUUUGCCAUCCUGGCAUCAAAUGGAUACUUUUUUAAAAAGUAGACACCGAGUAUUGGAAAGAAUAGAAAUGGCACGUGACCAAAUGUCGGCAAACGAAUCAAGUCACAAAGGUGAUCAAAAGCCUGGAACUAGUAAAAAUAUCAAAAAGAGAACAGACACAAAUAGUCAGAACUUAUGUGUAUUUUGCAACGAAAAUCAUUAUCUAAGAAAUUGUAGAAAAUUCUCUGAUUUAACUGUUAAGCAGCGAGUUGAUUUUGUAGAACAGAAUAAAAUAUGUACCAAUUGUCUUUCGCCUACUCAUUUAAAUCAGGAUUGCAGAAGUAUAUUUCGUUGUACACAAUGUAAAAAUAAGCAUCAUAGUUUAUUACAUGUGAACCAUAACAUAAAUAAUGAACUGGUUUCAAGGGCUAAUAGGCCAGUAAAUUCAUUUCAUACUGAAUAUACACAUCCUGUGAAGAGUAUGGAAACGGAAAAUAAUGGCCCGGAAAAGCAGUGUCCCUCUUGUAGUAAACAUGAUCAGAUAAAUGUCCAAACUCAUCUAUCGGUAAACGAUGAUAAUAUUCUAUUACCAACAGCCUUAGUACAAAUCAAUCACUUGGGUGAUAAGUUCAGUAUUAGAGCUCUGAUAGAUUCAGCUUCCAAAAGAUCGUUUCUAACUGAAAGAAUACGAAAUAGAUUAAAUUUAAAAACAGAACCUGCAGAUUUUGAAAUAUGUGGAUUAGGAGGUACUGUAGUAUCUAAUUCAAAGAAAAUUUGUAAUGUAACACUUUGCGCAGAGAAACAUAAUUUUAUACUUGAUACUCAAGCUAUAAUCGUUUCAAACUUAACAAGUUUGAUGCCGUCAACAACAAUUUCCAAUCCUAAUCUUGACGAGAUCAGUGAAUUGGAAUUGGCGGAUCCGAAAUUUUAUGUUUCUUCGCAGGUAGACAUGUUAUUAGGAAGUGAUAUAUUACCAUAUAUUUUACUCGAGGGGACUCGUCAACAUGUUUUAGGAAAUAUGGUAGCACAAAAUUCAGUAUACGGAUGGUUUGUAUAUGGCCCUUUCAAAAUAAACUCCCUUUCACUCGUUACAGUUGAUAUAAAUGAAAAAACUAGGGAAUCCAAUGAAAUUUGUGUUCAGCUUAGGAAGUUUUGGGAAACUGAAGAGAUAUUUAACAGUAGUGUCUUAUCAGAAGAAGAUAAAUUUUGUGAAAAACUAUUUGCAAAAACCACUUUUCGACGAAAAGAUGGAAGAUAUGUGGUAAAGUUACCAUUCAGAUCAGAGUUUCCAGAAAUAAUAAAUCUAUCUUCAUCUCGCUACCAAGCAAAGAAACAAUAUCUUCACAUGGAAGCCAAUUUAGCUAAAAAAUCAAAUCUUCUGGACAUUUAUAAUAAUAUAUUGAAGGAAUAUAUAGAUUUAGGUCAUAUGAAAAAAUGCAAUUCAACUGAAAUAGAAGAACAUGGAAAAUACUAUUCAUAUUAUUUGCCACAUCAUGCUGUGUUUAGACCUGAAAGUGCUUCAACAAAGAGGAUAUUGUUCCGCAAUGUCACUACAGGUAACAUAGAAGAUUAUGAAUUAACUACGGUAACUUUCGGCAUAAAUUGUGCUCCUUACUUAGCUAUUCGAACACUUCUACAAUUGGCUGACGAAUCUGAAACACUUAAUCCAUUAGCGUCAUUAAUAUUAAGAAAUGAGACUUAUGUGGAUGAUGUGCUAUCAGGAGGACAUACAUUGGAAUCAGCAAUAGAAUCUCAGAAACAGUUGUGCACCGCACUAAAUUCUGCAGGAUUUCCAUUGAGAAAAAUAACAGCCAAUCACCAUAGACUAUUAGAACAUAUUCCAAAGGAAAAUCUUUUAAAUGACGAUUUAUUGAAAUUUAAUGAUUCAAGCUCAACGAAGACUCUUGGUAUUUGUUGGAACGCUAUGAGUGAUACUUUCAAUUACAAAGUCGAAUCUAUUUCUCUAGGAAGUACAGUAACAAAAAGGCAAAUAUUAUCUUGCAUUGCAAAACUUUUUGAUCCGGCAGGAUGGCUAACGCCUAUAAUUAUUGAAGCUAAAAUGCUUCUUCAGAACUUAUGGCAAGAUGGUGUAGAGUGGGAUGAGAAUGUCAAUUCACAUAUAUUUCAAAAGUGGAAAUUGUUCAUUGACAAUUUUCAUCAUAUCGAUAGAAUUCAAAUUCCUCGUUGGGUGAAUUUUCAACCUGAAAAUUAUAUCCAGUUGCAUGGGUUUUGCGAUGCCUCAGAAAGGGCAUACUGUGCCGCAGUAUACCUUAGAUCGGAGAAUCCAAACCGAAGAAGCACACAUUUGCUAGUGGCUAAAAGCAAGGUAGCUCCGCUAAAAAAACUUAGUCUUCCGCGCUUGGAAUUGUGUGGCGCCUUACUUCUUUCCAAAUUAGUAAGGCAAUUGUUAUGUGAUAAUUUGUUCCCAAACACAUCUGUUUAUUUAUGGACAGACUCCACCAUUGUUCUUGCUUGGCUUCAAAAACAUCCAUCUACGUGGAAAACUUUUGUAGCCAAUAGAAUCUCCAAAAUUAUUGAAAAUGUCGUUGAUGCCACGUGGAGACACGUACCUACAUCUGAAAAUCCAGCCGAUCUUGGAACACGAGGAUGCAAGCCUCAAGAUCUAGUUAAUAAUCCAUUGUGGUGGCAUGGACCUCUUUGGCUUCUUAGCUCUCAAGAUCACUGGCCAAUGUUCUCUCAACCACUCCAAGACGCGCCAAACCAAAGAAAAAUAUGUCUAAUUGCUUGUUCCACAGAUCCAGCUCCAUCUUCGUCUUUUAAGAAUAAAGAGACUGUACUAAAACAACCUUCGAGAUCUCAGGUACCGUCAGCAAUAGCAGAAAGUGGAGAGGAACUUUCUAUUAUUAAUAGUUUCUCAAGAUAUCACCGAGCACUUCGCGUUAUAGCCUAUGUCUAUCGUUUCUACAAUUUAGCCUCAAAAAAGGUUACAACUUUUCCAGAAACUAUAACUCAGAACGAACUCAACAAUUCUAAAGUUGUUCUAAUACGACUGACGCAAAGGACAUAUUAUUUCUAUGAAUAUAACGACUUGUCCAACUCCAGAGCUAUUUCUAAGAAAAGCUCGUUAAUAACGCUGAACCCAUUUCUAGAUUCUAACGGCCUUCUACGAGUUAACGGUCGCUUAGUUAAUUCAUCUAUGAGCUAUGACGAAAGGUUUCCCAUAAUCAUUCCAUACAAAUCGAACUUAUGUGAAAUGAUUUUGAAAUUUAUUCACCAAAAUCUGAUGCAUGCUGACGUUUCUUUAAUGCUUAGUAUGGUUAGAUACCAAUUUUAUAUUCCAGCUCUAAAGAGAGCCGUUAAAAAAUGUAUAAAUAAGUGCUUAACUUGUGUUCGCUAUAAGCAAAGGGUACUAUCGCAAAUAAUGGCAGCUUUGCCAGCUGAGAGAACUACGUUCUCCUUACCGUUUACCUUUACAGGUGUAGACUUUGCUGGACCUUUUCAGAUAAAAGCUGGGCAUUUGCGAAAUUCACCCUAUAUGAAGGGAUACGCCUGCAUAUUCGUUUGCUUUGCUACACGAGCUAUACACCUAGAACCAUGUUCCAAUCUUUCAUCUGAGGCUUUUCUGGCUACAUUUGAUAGGUUUGUUGGAAGACGAGGUUUACCUAAGCGUCUGAUGUCAGACAACGGUACUAAUUUCGUAGGCGCUAGUAAAACAUUGCUUGCUGAAUAUGCAAUGUUUUUAGAACAAUCCUAUAGGGAUAUAGUUGAAAAAUAUGCUAUCCACGGCUUCGAGUGGAAAUUCAUCCCACCAAGUGCCCCACACAUGGGAGGCUUAUGGGAAGCUGGAGUUAAAAGCUUCAAGCUUCAUUUUAGAAAAGUUGUAGGAAACCAUAAAUUUAAUUUUGAAGAAUUCUCUACACUUUUAAUUAGGAUUGAAGGUGUUCUUAAUUCUCGUCCGUUGUCUCCAAUGACUGAGGAUCCUAAGGAUUUAGAAGUUUUAACUCCCGGACACUUUCUACGAGGUUCACCACUAAUGGCGCCACCAGAAAUGCCAAAUGAUGAUCUAAAUAUGUCACUACUGAAUCGAUGGGAAAAAUUGAAGGCCCUUCAUCAUCGAUUUGCUCAACGAUGGAAGACCGAAUACUUGCAAGAACUUCAUAAGCGCUACAAAUGGAGAUAUCCAAAGAAGGAGUUGAUUGUAGGAGAUUUCGUCAUUAUAAAGGAUGAACUACUUCCUCCUAGUGAUUGGCGGUUAGGUCGCAUUGAAACUAUAUAUCUCGGAUCUGAUAAACGAGUACGAGUGGCUGAUAUCCGAACGCAAUAUGGUUUGGUUACUCGGCCGAUAGUAAAACUCUGUUGGUUGCCAAUCUUGGAUAAGUAG